GCCGGCCGCUGAAGCCCCGCGGCAACGUCAUGGGCUGGGCACACAGGUGGGCCGGGAAGGCGGGGCUUAGAUGGGCAGGAAGGCGGGGCUGAAAGUUCCUACUCCCCGGAGGCAGAGAACCAGAUUCCCUCGUGACUUUCGACAUCCCCACGCUCCCUCAUCCCGGUUGGCCCUCCCUAACCGUUGCCCAUCUGAGGUGUCGGUUCCACCACGUGAUCUUCUCUCCCGCGCUCUUCCACAGGCUGAGUUUUGCCCGCGCCUGAGGAGGCCAGAAGACAUUGGAGAUGACCCGAGUCCUAUACCCACCAGCUACCGGACAGUGCCAGCCUUCUCCAACUCCAGUUCCAGGGAUCCAACAGGAGGCGUUGGCAUGAAGAAUCAGAGCUGGUGUGGGUUGACGGCCAAGAUGGGCACAGUGCUGUCGGGCGUCUUCUCCGUCAUGGCGACCCACAUGCACCUCAUCUUUGAAAGGAAGCAUCUCGGGAACGGCAACUGCACGGAUAACGUCCAUUCUCAGGGCAUCAAUAUACUGAGUCACUUCUUCAUCUGCUGGAGCUUCAAAAUCGUCCUCACGCUGUCCCUCAUCACCAUGCUAGUCAGCUGCUUCCUCCUGUACUCCGUGUACGCCCAGAUUUACGAGGGCCUGAUGAGUUACACCGUCUGGAUCAUCAUAUACGAGACCGUCAACCUGGCUGUCCAGACCCUGACUGACGAGUUCAGCGUGGCCCUGGUCAGAGCCAUGCGAUGGUUCGGCUGGGUAUCCCGGGCCUCCCUACACUGCUUCUGGCUAUAUUUCGUCGUCACCCACGCCCAAAUCAUCUACCAGAGCAAAAAACAGGGCAACAUAAUCACCUACCAUAGGCGUAUCUCUUUGGGAAGCGGAGAGACUCCAAGGCGGAAAUCAAAGAUUAUAAACUUUAUCCCCCAUUACAGUGACUAAUUGGUGACCAUUUUCCAUCCCUGGAAAUUCUCGGGGUAGUCCUAGUCCCCCACAUACAUCUUUCCUUUUUGGGGGGAGGAUUGCCUUUGGUAUGCUGUAUCCUCUUUAGCCUCGACCCCCUACCUAGCCAUGUCUGCUAUUACAGACCUGACAAGUAAAACAAUAAAAAGAAAAAAAGAAAA